UCAUAUCAUAUCAUAUCAUAUCAUGACAUUGACCAAGCAUUGGAACUAUAACGAAGGCGAAGACCUUGUCUUGUCCAAUCUCAAGGGAUUGGUUCAUGUUAACCCUUCCGUCAGAUUAAUCCCAUCUCAAAAAGUGGUAUUCAAUCCGCACUCCGACACCAGUAAGAAGAUUGCUAUCAUUAGUGGUGGUGGGGCUGGUCAUGAACCAUUACAUGCUGGAUUUGUAGGGGAUAAUUUGUUAGAUGCUGCCGUCAGUGGUACUAUCUUUGCCUCCCCAUCAACCAAACAAAUUAUGGCUGCUUUGAAGGUAAAGGCUGAUAAGGAUACUGGUGUUAUUAUCGUGGUGAAAAAUUAUACUGGGGAUAUUAUUAAUUUUGGUUUAGUAUCAGAAAAAGCUAAAACAGAAGGUUAUAAUGUUGAAAUGGUAAUUGUCAGUGAUGAUGUUGCCGUUGGAUGUGAACAAAAUAAAAUGGUAGGUAGAAGAGGUAUUGCGGGUACUGCUUUAGUUCAUAAAGUGAUAGGAGCUGCUGUUAAUGAUAGUGUAAAGGCAUACUCUGUACAAGAUAUCAGACAAUUAGGAGAAAAUGUUAAUGCUAACUUGGUAACAAUUGCUGCAUCAUUAGAUCGUACAUCUGUUCCUGGUAAAAAUGAAGAAAUUGAAUAUACCAAAAGCAAUGAAGCUGAAUUAGGUUUGGGUAUUCAUAAUGAACCAGGAACUAGAAUCAGUCCAAUUCCAAACAUCGAUGAUUUAGUCAAUCGUUUAUUCAAGUUACUUGUUUCUCCUGAAGAUAAAGAUCGUCAUUAUGUCGAUUUUGAUUUGCAAAAUGACGACUAUAUCUUAUUGAUUAACAAUAUUGGUGGUACUUCUACAUUAGAAUUGAAUGCUAUUGUUGAGCAUGUUUUAUCCAACUUACCAUUUAAAAAGGCACCAAAAAGAGUCCUAGCCAGUGAUUUUGUUACCUCUAUCAGUUCUCCAGGUUUCUCCAUUACUUUGUUGAACUUGACUAAAAUGAACUACGAAACAGAACAAAUCUUAUCUUACAUUGAUGCUCCUACUAAUGCACCAGGUUGGAAACCAAAAUCUUAUGAUGAACAAUUAUGGGGAAGAAGUGAAGAAUUCAAGUAUUUCGAAUCAGAAAAACUUCAAGAAGUCGUUAGACCUACUAAUGUUAAUUUGAAGAUUGAUCAUAAAUCAUUCGAAAAAGCUUUAAGAGGCUCAUUGAACAAUUUAUUAUCACAAGUAUCUAAAAUUGACCAUUAUGACGCUAUUGUUGGAGAUGGUGAUUGCGGAGAUACUUUAAAAGCUGGUGCUACUGCUAUCUUAAAUCAUAUCAAUAAGGAUAAUUCAUGUUUACAAGAUGUCUUAGAUGCAUUAUGGGUUAUCACUGAAUUGGUUGAAGAUAAUAUGGGUGGUACAUCAGGUGGUUUAUAUUCGAUUUUCUUAACUGCAUUAACUCAAAAUCUUCAGAAGGAAAAUGAACUUACAGUUAAGACAUUUGCUGAUGCAAGUCGUAAGGCAAUGUAUGAAGGUUUAUUUAAAUAUACCAAGGCCAGAGUUGGAGGUAGAACCUUAGUGGACGUGUUACAACCUUUCAUUGAUGAAUUGUAUGAUACACAAGAUUUAAAGUCGGCUCUUGCAAAGGGUAAACAAGGUUGUGAAGAUACACUUAAAUUAAGCCAUGCCAAAUUUGGUAGAGCAAGUUAUGUUAAUGAAGAUAUGUUUAAAUUAGAAGGUGGUAUUCCAGACCCAGGAGCUGUCGGAUUAUUAGCCAUUCUUCAAGGAUUUAUAGAAAAUCUUUAGUUUUUAUUAAGUAAAAAUACAGAGAUGUUUCUAAACUAAAAAAAAAAAGUUAAAAAAGGUGAAAAAAAGAAAAUGUCAAAAAAGAGAUUUUGCAAUUUAAAAAAAAUAUAGCUAUAUAUAGUUGUACAAAUAAUGUUAAUAAUAUUACAAUGGAUUAAUCCAUUUUUAGUUUU